GCCGUACGCCCCCUCCUCUUUCGUAGAACAUCCUUUAUCCCCCCCAGACUUGUCAGGAACAUGGCAACGGAAAAUGCAGGCACACACAAGGACCCGGUGACGGGCGAGUUGAUCUCUAAGACGGAGCUCAAGCGGCGAGAAAAGCAGAGGGAGAAGGAAGCCAAGAAGGCUGAAAGGGCUGCCGCCGCUCCUAAGCCCGAGUCUGCUAAGGCUGCCGCAUCUAACGAGGCCGACCUUAGUCCUAACCAAUAUUUCGAACUUCGUUCCCGUCACAUACAAAAGCUGCGAGAAACGCAGUCUCCAAAUCCUUAUCCUCACAAGUUCGACGUAUCAAUAUCGAUCCCCAAGUACAUAAAAACGUAUGGCGAGGAGGGUAAAAUUAAGCUUGGGGAGAAGUUGCACGACACCAUGGAAUGUCUUGCUGGGCGUAUCCACAAUGUGCGAGAGUCGUCUAAGGCUCUUCGGUUCUAUGACCUGCACGGCGAAGGCCAGAAGGUACAGAUAAUGGCAAAUAAGCAGGAUGCAAGCGACCCCGAAUCUUUCAUAUCCACGCACGAAAACUUCCGUCGGGGUGACAUUGUGGGCGUAAUUGGCACGCCAACACGUACCAAGAAGGGCGAGCUCUCUAUCGCGCCGCGCGAAAUGAUCCUCCUGGCACCGAAUCUGCACCAACUCCCGUCCGAGCACUUUGGCUUGAAGGACCAGGAGACCCGGUACCGCAAGCGCUACCUCGAUCUCAUCAUUUCCCAAGACACACGGCGCAUCUUCAUCACGCGCAGCAAGGUCGUCAACUACGUCCGCCGCUUCCUUGAUAACCUUGGUUUCCUCGAGGUCGAGACUCCGAUGACGAGCAUGAUCGCUGGCGGCGCAACCGCAAAGCCAUUCGUCACACACCAUAACGACCUGGAUCUCGACUUGUACCUCCGUAUCGCGCCGGAGCUGUACCUUAAGCAGCUUGUCGUAGGCGGACUUGACCGUGUGUAUGAGAUCGGGCGUGUCUUCAGAAAUGAGGGCAUCGACCUCACGCACAAUCCCGAGUUCACCAUUUGCGAGUUCUAUAUGGCGUACGCGGAUAUGUACGACUUAAUGGAUCUGACUGAGAGCAUGGUCGAGGGCAUGGUGAAGUACAUCACGGGCGGCAAGACAACGUUGCAGUACCACCCGGAGGGCAAGGACAGUGACAAGGUUUAUGAGCUAGAUUUCCAGCGUCCAUGGAAGCGGUACGACAUGAUCGAGACGCUGGAGGAGAAGACGGGCGUCAAGUUCCCUCCAAGCGAAACAUUGCACACAGAGGAGACGAACAAGUUCUUGCGUGAUCUCUGCAAGAAGCUCAACGUGGACUGCAGCGAGCCCCGAACGAAUGCUCGGUUGUUGGACAAGCUUGUGGGCGAGUUUAUCGAACCCCUCUGCAUAUCACCAGCUUUCAUCGUCGGACACCCACAAGUCAUGUCGCCUCUCGCAAAGUGGCAUCGCUCACGACCAGGCCUUUGUGAGCGUUUUGAGGGUUUCAUGUGUGGCAAGGAGUUCUGCAAUGCAUAUACGGAGUUGAACGAUCCGUUCGAGCAGCGGGCGCGCUUCGAGGAGCAGAUGAAACAGAAGGCUGCGGGAGACGAUGAGGCUCAGGACAUCGAUGAGACCUUCGUGGAUGCCCUUGAGCAUGGUCUUCCUCCGACGGGCGGCUGGGGAAUUGGUAUCGAUCGUCUGGUCAUGUUUUUGACUGACUCGCAAAAUAUCAAGGAAGUGCUGCUCUUCCCGGCCAUGAAGCCCAUCGAGACAUCUGCCAACACAUCCGGUGCUGCUCCAGGGCCGUCAGGUCAGGUCUAGUGUAUGGGUGUGGUACUAAUCUCGUGUCGUACUCUAACAAUUUCGAAUAUAUUCUACGAUCAACGACGGCAUUAUACGAUCUA